UCGAAAAAAGUAAGACUGUUUAAUUGAUAUCAGAUAAUUAAUAAAUUGUUUGUUUCAUUACAGAGAAAGUAUUUGGUCUUAUUUUACGAACAAUAGCUCUUCGAAUCUUCAUAUUGCUUUGUCAAUGAGUCCAGCAGAUGAUAUUUUCAAGAUGCGUUGUCGAGAUUAUCUUGGAAUUAUUAAAUGUACAACAAUUGAUUGGAUGUGUUCUUGGCCUCAACAAGCGCUUUACGCAGUUGCAAAUGUUCUAUUGAAAAAUGACGAAUGUAUUUCUGCAGAGCAUCGUGACAAAAUUGUUCUGCAUACAGUCAGUGUACACGUUGGUGUUGAAGUAUAUACUUUGGACUUAUUCAGAAAAUAUCGAAGAAAUAAUUACGUUACGCCAAAGCAUUUUGUCGAUUUUAUUAACACGUUUCUAGAACUUUCAACGAAAAAGAAAAAAUAUGUUAAUUUUCAAUGUAAUCGGUUCUCAGCUGGCUUGAAAAGAAUUACUGAAUUUUCAGAGAAUCUUGUUAAAUUAAAUGAUACAUUAUCAGUUCAAAGUACCGAAGUAAUCGAACUAACAAAAGAAUGCGACGCAUUGGUAACUUCGAUUGGAAAAUUAGAACAAAUAAUCUUACAAACAAAAGAAACCAAUUUGAGAAAAAAAGAUGAACUUACAGAGAAACACAAAAUUACAGCCAAAGAACCCAUAGAAAGUAAAGAAGUUUUUGCCGAUGUAUUGCUCGAACUAGAUACUACGAAAAAAGCAUUGAACACUUUAACAAAUAGUGAUGUGGCUGAGUUUAAAUCAUUUCCAACACCUCCACAAUCUGUUCAAAUAGUCGGCGAAUGCCUUGCAAUAAUAAAAGGAUCGAAAGAAAUUUCAUGGGAAAGUUUUCAAAAUUUAGUUAGUGAUCCAAACUUUCUUGAAUCUCUUCAGGACUUAGAUGCCAAUGAAAUGACGAAACAGCAUCAGUUGAUAAAAACAUGUUUGAAAAAAUGUGAUGAACUAGAUCAGUUGAAAUCAAUAAGCAGAGCAGGUUUUGUUUUUUAUAAAUUUGUUCUUGCUGUGUUACAUUAUAGUGAAGUUUAUCAACACGAACAAGAAAAAUCAGAACGGAUACAAAAGUUUAAAAUUGAAUCAGAGUACAUCCGUAGCCUAUUAAGAAAAGAAGAAAAUGAAUUGGAAGAAUUAGAAAAACAAUUGGCAGAAUUAAACGUAAAAUAUGAGGCUACGUUGAUUAAAAAACAUGAAUUGCAAGAAGAAAUCGAUGUUUCUCAAAGAAAUUUGAGUCUUGCCGACAAAAUAGUAAAUACGCUUUCCUCUGAAAGCGAUAGAUGGGAAAAAGAACUAAAGUGUUUACAAGAUGACUACGAAUCCAUUAUCGGUAAUUGUUUAUUGUCUUCUGGGUUUUUAAUAUACUGUGGGCCUUUUCCUGGUGAAUUUAGAAAUAAAAUGGUCUAUAAUGAUUGGCUUAAGAGCAUCACAGAAAAAAAUAUUCCAUUAUCUAAGAUUUUCCGAUUGGAAAACCAACUGAGUAAUGACGUGGAAAUGCGAGAAUGGAAUUCUCAGGGGCUGCCACAGGAUGAAUUUUCUACUCAAAACGGAAUUUUGACAAUGUACUCAACAAAGUUCGCUCUUUGUAUUGACCCUCAUAAUCAAGCACUCAAUUGGCUUAAAAAAAAAGAAAAGAAAAAUUUAAAAAUUGUUUCAUUUUAUGAUAAAAAAUACAUUAAAGACCUGGAAUUAGCUCUCGAAAACGGGUAUCCAAUUAUUUUUCAAGACGUUGAUUACUUCGAUUAUAUUUUAGAGAAUGUUGUAGAGAAAAAUAUACAAAAAGUAAAUGGCAGAUCAUUUGUAAUCGUGGGAGAUAAAAAAAUAGAAUACAACGUGAAUUUUCGAAUAUACUUUAUGACAAAAAUUUCCAAUCCUAACUUUGAUCCUGCAAUCUACUCGAAGGCAACUGUUAUAAAUUUUAUGCUCACUAUGGUAGGGCUUGAAAAUCAACUCCUCUCAAUUGUCGUACAAUCAGAAAAAAAAGAUGUUGAAGAAAAGAAGGAUAAAUUAAUAGCUGAUACUGGUGAAAAUAAGGACUUGAUUCAAAAACUAGAAGAUACUAUUUUACAAGAAAUAUCGACUAGUAAAGACAAUUUAUUAGAUAAUAUUAAUUUAUUGGAAACUAUGGAAAAUUUCAAGUCUAUUACCAAUGAAGCGGUAAAUGAAAUCGAUCAAGACAAUGCUGCAGCAGCAGAUGUCAAUAGACUUAGAAAUAACUACCGCCCAGUUGCAACGAGAGGUGCAAUACUAUUUUUUGUACUUGUUGAUCUAGCUACUAUAAAUCCUAUGUAUCAAUAUUCAUUUUCAAGCUAUCUUAAAGUAUUUAUACAUUCAUUAAGACACGCACCAUUCAAUUCAUCAUUUUCUGAACGUUUAGAAAAUAUCAUUCAAACUCUCACCACAAAUAUUUUUGAUUAUGGAUGUAUGGGUAGUUUCGAGAAGCAUAAAAUUUUACUUUCUUUCCAUAUUGCUACUAAAAUUGAACUAAGUAGUGGUAAAAUCAGCCAAGAAGAAUUGGAUUUUUUUAUCAAAAGAAACGUUACUGUCAACAAUUCUUCGGAAAAUCCGAUUUGUUGGCUUCCUCCAUCUGGAUUGGAAGAUAUUCUUACGCUUUCAGCAGAGUUUACAGAAUUUUCUGAUUUAUAUAAUGAACUACAAGUUCACUCAGACGAUUGGUAUGAGUGGUUUCAAUCAGAUACUCCUGAAUUAAUCCCGUGCCCUGGUCAAUAUUCCAAAAAAUUGAGUGCAUUUCAAAAACUUAUGUUACUAAAAUGUUUCCGAGUUGAUCGAAUUCGUUGUGGAAUGAUUAAUUACAUAAGUGGAUGUUUGGGAGAGAAAUUUAUUACUCCUCGCAUUUUAAGUUUUAAUAUGAUUUAUGAACAAAGUGAUUCAACCAUUCCUGUUAUCUUCAUUCUCAGUCCAGGAACAGAACCAACAUCAGAACUUAACAAAUUCGCAGGAUUGUAUGGGUUUAGGGCUGGGAAAUUUCAAAAUCUUUUUUUGGGUCAAGGACAAGAAGAAAAAGCUGUUGGAUUGCUAGAAACUGCAAUGACUAGAGGACAAUGGUUAGUUUUGCAAAACUGUCAUUUAUCGUUAGAAUUUGUUCGAAGACUUGAAGAAAAAAUUGAUACUUUUACGAAACCGCAUCCUGAUUUUCGUUUAUGGUUAACAACCGAAUUAUCGAAAAAUUUCCCCAUUGGAAUUCUACAGCGAUCAUUAAAAGUUGUUUCCGAGUCACCAAGUGGAUUGAAAAUGAAUUUGAAGAAUACUUACAUAAAAAUGGAGGACGAAAAUCUGGAGAAUUGUAAUCAUCCAAAUUAUAAACAUCUUGUUUAUGUUCUUGCAUUUUUUCAUGCAAUUAUUCAGGAAAGAAAGAAGUAUGGCAGAAUCGGUUGGACUUUGGAUUAUGAUUUCAGCGAUUCAGAUUUGGCUUUUUCCAUUUCAACUCUCAACACAUAUUUGAGUAAAUUAUCCCCUACUAAUAAUUUCCCCUGGAAUAGCGUUAAAUAUAUGAUAGGUGAAGUGAUUUAUGGGGGGAAAGUAAUUGACAGCUAUGAUCGUCGACUAUUUGGAGUGUACAUGGAUGAAUACUUUGGUGAUUUUUUAUUCGAUGCUUCUCAUCCCUUCCAUUUUUACAAGAAUAAUGAUACUGUAUACGUUAUUCCAUCGAUCGGUAAUAAGAACGAUUACAUAGAAUUUAUUGAAAAUUUAUCUCCGGGUGAUUCUCCUCAAAUUUUUGGCCUGAACUCAAAUGCAGAAAUCGAUUAUUUUGUUCAAAGUAUGACAGAUAUGCUGACUAAUUUAAAUGAUAUGCAACCCCAACGAUCUGAUAGUCCAUCGAAAAGUAAUCGAGAAGAACUUGUAGAUAAUAUGGCUACUGAUCUUUUGACUAAAAUUCCACCGGAGUAUAAUAUGACAAAAGUAAGGAAUAAUUUUGGUCUCGCUGUUACCCCAUUAGUAAUCGUUUUAUUUCAAGAAUUAGAAAUAUUCAAUAAAUUAAUUAAGAAAAUGAACACAACUCUAACACAGCUUAAGAAAUCUAUAGCUGGAGAAAUAAAUGUUGAUAAAACAUUGGAAAGUCUAUUGGAUUCUCUGUAUAAUGGUGUUGUACCAAAAGAAUGGGCAUCUUUAGCUCCAGUGACGCAAAAAACUCUCGCAAGAUGGAUAAGUCAUAUAAAUAAAAGAACGGAUCAAUAUACUGAUUGGUCAGGAAGCAAUGAGCCAAUAGUCUUAUGGUUAUCUGGACUAAACAACCCUAAAUCAUAUCUAGCAGCAUUUUUCCAAAUGACAUGUAGAAAGAAUAAUUGGCCAUUAGAUAAAUCGUGUAUUUAUACUCAAGUAUCGAAAUUUUCGAGAGUUGACGAAGUCGAAGAAAGACUCCAUCAGGGUUGCUAUGUACAUGGUCUUUAUUUAGAGGGAGCCAGAUGGGAUGUGAAACAACAGUGUUUGAAGAAGUCAUACCCAAAAGUGAAAUUUGAUGAACUUCCGGUGUUAUCUAUUAUUACUAAAGAGUCUCAUCAUCUAACUUUAGAGCAUACUGUGAAAACUCCUGUUUAUGUAACAUCUGAUCGCCAAAAUGCUAUGGGAGAAGGAUUGGUUUUUGAAGCUGAUCUUAGAACAGCUGAUCACAAAUCUUUAUGGAUCUUACAAGGUCUCUGCUUGCUUUUAAACGUAGAUUAAUUUUCUGCUUUUGACCAGUUCAGCAUAUAUAUGGCAGGUGUGGGUCACUUCCGUAUCCGACGAUUAUCAGAGGCAUUGUCACGGGACUUGAUUAUAGUCUCUAAUUCGAAAAAUGAUUGGUCUGAAGGAAAAACCGUACAAUUUUUUUAACUGCAUACACGUAUC